CCAAAAUGGAAGAACAAAAUUGACAAUUUUUCAAAAUUUAGCCUAUUUGGCUUUUCACAUGAGAUUCCUUCUCUUGAAGGCCUGUAAACAACGAAUAUGUCAAUGAGUCUAAUCCCCAGCUUAUCUUACAGCAUUUUUGUUUGUGUUUUAAUCAAAAUUUGUCACACCCAACUUGUGGUGAAUGUGAAAAAUGGUGGCGGAGAUAUUUUAGUGGAAAGCAUCCAAUCAAAUGUGUCAUCAGACACCAUAACUUUAGAAUAUCCCAGUAGUGAUGGCUCUUUGAUUACACAGUUCAUAGAUUUCAAAUCUGAAGCCCAGAUUUUCCGAGCAUAUGUUCCUGGUGAAGAAGAAAGAGGACAACCACCAGGAUCUGUUCAAGUUUUAUGUUUUAUAACUAGAUUUUCUAAAAAUGAUUUCAUUUCCUCAGAUGCCAUGUCAAAACUUCGUCAGAAAAACCCAACAGCUAUCAGGACACCGGAGGAAGAAAGGCCCCAAGAAGUUCAUUCAUUUGACCUUUCAGUUGACCUGAAUAAAAGUCAUGUGAUAAGUCCACAUGUUUUCAAUAUUUGUCGAGAAGCGAAAGAAUCAACGUUUUUUAAUGAAGAUGAUCUGAAAACCAUAUCAAGAUCUUUAUCAAAAGAUUACAACACCAUGAUGUCAGCCAUGAUUAAACUGGCACCAACUAAGUAUGGUAAAUGUUCUGACACUAGUGAUAUAUUCAAACCUUGUACUUGUCGUUAUGAUGCCUGUGUAGGAUGGUACCCCUGUGGUUUAAAGUACUGUCGUGGUAAAGAUUCAAGUGGUAAAGUGGUGAGCUAUCGUUGUGGUAUAAAGACUUGUAAAAGAUGUCUAGCUUUUGAUCAUUUUGUCAAACAGAAAUUUUUAUGUUUAUGGAAU